GGAUAGUGCCCACAUGGUGCCCAGCGGGAGGUCCAGGUUCCGGCCCAUGAGCUGGAGGACUAAGUCCUGGAUCAAGCGCAUGCGUGUCGUGCAGCUGUGUCUCAGAGUCCUCGAGGCUGUCGCCGCCGUCGGCCUCGUGGUCGUCAUGAGCCUGGCGGGCCUGAUCGGCUGGAUCAUGGGGGUUACGCUGGGCGUGGUGAUCCUUCAUUGCCUCUACAGCAUCUACCACCAUGCCCGACCAGCUGGCUCGCGGACGCCCGGCUCUUCUGCAGCGUACCACGUCUUCUCGGGCAUUUCCGAUCUCUGUGCACUGCCUCUCUAUGCGUACGGGGCGAUCACGACCAGGAACAAGAGCGAAGAAUGGGAGACCACGGAUCUAGCCAAGACCAAUGUCAUGAAGUUCAUGGUGCCGUCCGUCUACUACGGUCUGAUAGCCGCUGGAGGACUGCAUCUGCUGUCACUGGCCAUCUCGCUGUGGCUUGGCGUCAUGUUCCGACGCAUCUCAAUGAUGCCGCCGGACAUGAACCCGCUGGAAGCCAACCUCACCUCGCGAGCGCACAAGAGGAAUAAGUCCUCAGUCGCCACAACCUCAACCUACUCAGACGAGAAGCCCGAGAGCCAGCUCUACGAUGAGCACUCGCGGCCUCCGUCCAUCCCCUUCAUGCAUACCCGCCAGGGUUCGGAGGCGUCCUUCGAUAGCCACGACUCGCGCUUGAACCUCCCGAGUCGGCAGUACCAGAUUACUCCAAGCAACCGCAGCUCGACCAGCUCCCACAACUUGAAGCGCAUGUCUGCGCCGCCAGCGGCAAGUCGCGGCUCGUACACGGAUAUCCCGCUCGGAGAGACGGGAGCCAGCCACUCACGUCCAAUUUCCAUGUACUCGGCCGGCGAGGGUCGCCCGAGCAGCGGCUCCGUGGCCUCGUCCCGCCCCGAACCCGUUGCGGCGACCCAGACAGCUCAACCGCGCUCGGCCAAGUUCACCGAGACCUGGUACGCCUCCGAGUCGCUCAUCAACCGCACCCAACAGCGCAACCGCGCAUCAAACAUGACAAACCCGUCCCCAACCAAGCGAGGCAGCAACUACGAGUCCCUCCGCCAGACCCUCGAUGCUUCCGACUCGGAAGACGAGAACACCAACACGUACCACUACUCCUACAACCAGCCCGCAUCCCCCGGCCUGGGAACCGACAACGGCGAAUCAGCCCACCACCUCCCCAACCCGCUCCGCUCCCACCCCACCAGCACCACCACCAUCACCACCACGACCAAACAACCCCCCUCCCAAGCCCCCACCACCCCGCGCCGCCCGCGAACACCGUUCAGCCGCCUGCGCGCCUCCGUCCUCUCCGAGAUCUCCCUCAACGACCGCCGCGUCAGCGGCAGCCAGGACAUCACCGACGCCCGGCAGCACCCGCGCAACCGCACCAGCUCGAUCCAGCCCGACGCCGACUUCUCGCUGCGCGACUACUCCAAGCCGUACGGCGAGCUGAAGGCCACCACGCCGCCUAUCAUCGUCGGAGGCGGUGCCCGGCAGGUGUCGACCGGGAAUGAUUAUGAUUUGGGGUCGUCUGCGGCUGCUGCUGCUGGUGGGCUUGGUAGGCGACAUGUGAGCGGCAAGGUGGCGGAGGAGGGGCUCGCGGAUGGGGGUCGGGGGUGGGGACGGUCGAGGUAUAGUGUUUUUGAAUGAAUGAGUGGGGUUGUUUGUUUUCUCGGCGCUGGGUUGAACAAGGGGGUGGGGUGGAGUAGGGUGUUGGAAGUUGAUGUUGGAAUGAAUGACUGGAAUGCUAUGCGGGAUCAUACCGGUUGUGGUGUUGCGCCGUAUGGCGCUGGAGUUAAUUGGGUUCACUUUCUGGUCAUGGAUGGCGGAACGACGACGGGA